CUAAUAUCUAUAUUUGCAACUGUCCCAUCUGUUUAUUUAUAGAUGUUAUUAUAUGUCUGCAUGGCAACUACUAUAAACGGUGUUGAAUGUUUAGGUGCAAAGAUAAUAACAUUAUAAUGUUUCUAUUUCCCAAGGCUAGCUCCCAUGUGGGUUUUACCUGUGGCCUAUGCUGUGCUUAGACUACCAUAAGGUGCCAAAAGUUAUCUCCAAGGUAAGCAAUUCUUAUUCUUCUGAAAGGAAUAAGCGGUGAAGAUGCUAAUUUCUUACAAGAUACAUGAAGCUUAAAGGUCAGAAGUUUUGCUUGCAGUUUAAGCCUAUGUCGGAGAAGAUUGCUGCUCCUUUCUUCUUAUAUAUGUGAUGUAGCUUUUUAAAUUCCUUAGCUUCUUCCAACUGUUUUGUUACUAUUCAUUUUUCUGGUUUUGGUGAUUCACCUUUCUUCUUUCUGAAGCCUCCAAGCUCUCUCCUAAGGAAGGAAGGAGAUGAUUCAGAGAUAAGAAUGGAAAUGUGUUGUAUGUUGUAGAAGUUUACAAGUAUUGUUCACUUCUUUGUAUUAUAAAGAGAGAGACGGCACUAUGUUUUCUGAAUUAUUUGAGCUUAUUGUACCGGGACAUAUCAGUUUCAUAUGGAGUUACUGGGGCAUUGAGUUGCUAGUAUUGGCAAACUUUGUGUUCCAAGUAAUCCUAACCUUCAAUGGAAGUCGUAGAAGGCACACACCAGGAAAUAAGCUGAGCUUAACAGUAUGGUUUUCGUACUUGUUAGCUGCUAAAAUAGCAACCGUUGUUCUGGGAAAGCUCACGACAAUAGAGAUCGGCCGUGAAAAGCGCAACACGCACACCCAAGUCCAGGCGUUGUUGGCACCACUGAUGUUCAUGCAGAUAGGAAAUCCAGAUACAAUCACAGCCUACUCGAUUGAAGACAACCAAUUAGGAGUGCGGCAAGUUUUCAGUAUGGUGAUCCAAGUGGCGAUUAUGUUUUACAUUCUUAUAAGGUCAUGGACGAAUUCCAAGACAUCGUUUCUUUACAUACCCAUGUCUGUGGCUGGAAUAAUCAAGUACGGAGAGACUUCAUGGGCUCUAAAAUCAGCACUCAAUGGCAACUUCGGCUUCACAAUUGCUGAUUUCUUCAAAUAUCACGAAGUAGCUGAUUUAUUUAAAAAAUUGCCACAGGGAGAGAAUGAACUUCCAGAGGCAAACUUGAUCUUAAGAGCUUACUACAGAUUUUGCUGCCUGAAACCUCAUCUUGAGAAUUGGCUUUACUAUCCUCCAACCGAUUGUGAUCAAGAAAAGCUAUACAUUGAUGAUUGUAAGUAUGAAGAUGUGUUCAGAAUUACAGAUUCUGAACUGGGUUUCAUGUAUGAUGCCCUCUACACUAAGGCACCUGUUGUAUACACUCGUAAAGGUUUAAUUCUUCGUUUCAUAAGUUUGCUUAGUGUGAUUGCUACACUAUGUGGAUUUUCUGUAUUGUUCAAGGAUGCAUUUGUGUAUAAUAUUAGUAUUGGGUUCAUCCAUUUUGUGUUGAUAGCAGCUCUGAUAAUUGAGAUUUAUCAGAUCUUGAGACUGCCAUUCACAGAUUGGGCUAUAGUCCAGAUGGUCAGGCACCAUGAAGCUUUUCCUAUCCUUGGGGGUUUCCUGCGGUCUCUAGCCCCUCAGUCAGCAACUUGGAGAAGGUGGUCUAACACAUUGGGGCAGUUCAAUCUCUUAGAUUUCUGCUUGCAAACCAAGCAUCGGAACUACAGCAGAAUCAAAAUUCUCAGGUACUGGGGGAUGGAUAUGAAACUCAGAAAGCAAUUGAGUUUGGAUCGAAUUGACAUCCCUCCAGAAGUGAAAGAACUUGUGGUCACAGAACUGAGAGAGAUAGAGAAGAUCAAAGGACAAGAAGAAUUUGAUCAAAGAGGCCAAUGGACAAUCGAUAGGUACAAAAAGAAACUGAAUUUCAACAAUGAAAACAAAUUGAUCAAAGCAAUGGAAACCACUGUAUCAAAGAGACCUUUCGAUAAGUGCAUCUUCAUAUGGCACAUCACAACAAAUAUUUUCUAUAACAUCGAAUGUUAUCGUGAUGCUAGUGUAGGUAACAAAACGGAAGCUAUCAUGAGUCUAUCAGAUUAUAUGAUGUACCUUUUGGUGACUCGUUCCCAUGUUCUAUCAACAACAACUGCAGAUAUUAUAUUUGAUCAUUCAUGCGUGAAGCUCGGGAAGUUCACAAGAACUGGACGUCUAAAGAAAGAGGAUGUCUGCAAUGAUAUUUUGAACUUACAGAAAGAAAGUAUCCUUCAUGCAAGAGAGCCACAUGAACCAAUUGAAUCAGAAGCAGAGAAAGUAGUUGUAGGGAAUUGGCAUCUGAUGAAGGAUGUAAAAGAGCUUGCAGAUAGCUUAUUGACUCUGAGCAAUGAAGACAAAUGGAAGCUACUUGGCAGCAUGUGGUUUGAGAUGAUGGGAUAUGCUGCAAGUAAAUGUGAAAUGGAAUAUCAUUCAGAACACAUCAGACAAGGUGGUGAACUGAUCACUCAUGUUUGGCUUUUGAUAGCACAUAAUGUCACCAAAUACAGUUCAUAUGAAUACCAUGUGGGUGGUCAAGAUGAAGAGACUCCACCUGCUUCCUGAUUACUUUUUCAACUUCUUUUUCCUUUGAGAAAUGAUAUUUGAUUGCUUGUAACGAAGUUUUAUGCAUUAUCAUUGUUUUUUGGUCCAAUGAUUUAUUUUGUAAAAAGCAUAAUGCAUGUCAAGUCCCCUAUCUACAAUGCUACAUGGCAUUUUUUUAAUUAUGAAAAUUAUAA